AUGCCGCCGAACCAGCGCUCCAUCCUCUCCUUUUUUGGCUCGUCCUCCUCAAAUGAGCUUCCCAAACCUCAGCCUCAAGUUCAACCACAGCUCCAGCCCACGCCAGCCUCUUCGCAUUCACUACCGCAGUCCCAGUUCCAGCCAAGGCCACCGCCUCCGAGCUCCAGUCGUUUUGUUCCGCCGCCCUCCGCACGGAAUGGCGAUGGCUACACCCCACCGCCCAACAUGGCCGCCAUGCGUUCCGGCGGCAGCCCCGAGCACGAAGUGAACCUGGCCCCCAUUACCCCGGCCUAUGGCCGCAGUGUCCUCCAAAACGCGGGGGCUACCGACCUCGGCGAUGGAAACAUUGGCUUCGCCUCCUCCUGUCCCUCCAACAAAAUCGUCUUCCCCCGCGAUGUCCACAUACCCGACCUCGUCAGCGUCAACGCCAUCCUGCUGCCCGUGCGUUACCCGGACUCCUUUUACAAGUUCGUCACUGACACCUCGCGGCUGGCGUCGCUCUUCAACCGCAUCAUUCUAGGCGACGAUGGGAAAGUGGUGGGUGGCAUCGUGUGCCUGCUGGAGCCCAGCCCGUUCGCCAAAGGACGCGAUGCUGCUGCACCCGGCGCCUCUACCGGCCUCGCCAUCUACGUGCGGUCACUCGGCCUGCUCUCGCCCUACCGCGGCCGCGGACUCAUGACUGCUGCCAUGGACAGCAUUGUUGCCACCGCCCAGGCCCUCAACCGGCGCGCCGCCGUUCCGGGUGGCCCGCUGGCCUCGACUGGCCCUGUCCAAUCCGUCUUUGCCCAUGUCUGGACCGAGCACGACGACGCCCUGGCCUGGUACGCCGCGCGAAAGUUCGUCCGCGAGGGCGACGCGCCCAUCGAGAACUACUACUUUGCUCUGCGGCCGGCCACUGCCUGGCUCGUGCGGCGGGACGUGCCGGAUGCUGCCGCCUCCGGCGACGUGUCGGGCGAUGCCUCCGUGGCCCAGCUCGUGCGCGAGUCCACGCAGCGCGCAAAGAUAGCAGCGUCUGCCGCUCAGGCCACCCCUCCUCCACCCCAGCCACCACUUCCUCCUCCAAACGGUCGCUCGCAGUCCUACCAGAACAGCCGCCCCGAGACCGAGUGGAACGACCUGCCGGCCGACAUGAUGGGAUCGGGGCCGUCCACGAAUGCAUCGACCUCGGCUUCCGUUGCCUCGUCGCGCAACCCGUCGCGGAAAGUGUCACAAAACAACCUGGCCGAUAGAACGACGCCGUCAACAACAACUACCGCCGCCGCCGAAAACGGUGACAGCCUACUGCCGUCUGGCACGUCUGCACUGCUGGCUCCACCGCCUGCCAGUGGGUCACAAGCGUCCUCAAGAAGCAGCAGCUCAACUGGGCGAAAGAAGCGCGAACGGGCCUAUCCAGCAGCGAUGUUCCAGUAG